GUAGCCGUGUAAAAUUAGCAUAAGUAAUUUUUAAUUCUCCCCUGUACUAUUGACACGAAAAUGCGGCUCGGCUAAAGAUCUUUGGGAUGAUUUGAAACAAUGUAAAAUUGCUGAGGAAUUUUCUUGGAGAAUUCUACUGUUUCGUUUUCUGUUCUCGGGAUCGCCGAAAAUCGCCAAAAAAUGUCUUUCAGAAUUCCAGGACUACAUACGAGUGUGUUAGUGACGCUUUGUCUGUGUGUCUGUGUGUAUCAGGGAUUAACAUCCAUAGAAACCUCACAGUUAGUGCACCCUAUCCCCAGGCACAGGUUAUGGGAGAAGACACAAUCCGGAGAACUUGACCAGUUAAAGUGUAUAGAGACACGUGACAGGAAGUGUGGUUACUGCUCACAUACACAGUCACAAGUUACACACGUAGCCGAAGUUAUCAUAGUGAACACAUAUUCUUCCGGUGAUGUCUUAGAAGUAAAAUCUCGAGUGAAUACGACGUUUGGUGGAAUUUUGCGGAUUUCUCUGUGUGUUCGAUUAGACUCUUCUUUAUCUGAAGAUGAAGAGUGCCAACAGGACUUCCCGCUGCUUCCUCUGAAUUCCCACGACUACGACAUUGUAAUAGACAAAUCACAGGAAGUGUCUACAGUACUUCUACUUCCGGAAGCCGUGGCCUGUGAACACUGUGUAUUACGGUGGAGGUUUACAGAAGAUGACCCGAGUUGCAAUGGGUGCAAACGUUCUACUGUUAACUGUGCUGACAUAAAAGUAGCGGAGAGGACCCCCUCCGUCCACAUGGUGAGGAGACGGAAGCGACAGUCUAACAGAGUGGACCCACGGUUCAUUGUCCACGUCGAUUCACCUGACCUCUGGAGUGGAGCUCAACAGUCGCAGAGAACACAACCGUUACAAAGGAAGACUUGGUCAAAAGAUCCCAGCCGUGGUGCUUUGACUCCUAUCGAAAAGGCGAGACCCGUGAUUAAGGCAAGGCCGUUUUUACACCCCAAUAAUCAAAAUACGCACCAUGGAAUUCUAAAGACGAAGACAAAGGGAAAUCAGAUGACACAGGGAAGUCAAAAUUUUUUCCGUGUCGUGAACAAUCGAAAUAUUUCGCCCACAAGAGAACAAACUUUGUUUGAAGCAACCCAUCAACUAAAUCAAAAUCCAGCUCAGAGAACAAACAGUCAACACGUACAAAGAAUAGGCCAAGUGCAUACUGGGAAUGAAAUAGCAGAUCAACCGAACAAAAUGGGCCACAUUCGACGGAUGUUCAGAACUGGGCAGAUCGCUCCGAAAACGCGCGAGUUUGUAGCACAUGGGAUAAGACGAGCUCAAACAGUACGGAUUCCAAUAGACAAAGAACGUAAGUUUAAUCCAAAUAUAAUCGAUCCUCAAUAUCUAGUUGUCAAAGAAAAUGCGCCCAAGCAGCCGGAUUUACCAGUAAUUCAGAAAGAACCACCAAACGUUACAGCAAAGCCUUCAGCUGUAACACAAAAAGUAACCCCAAGCCCUACGAAAGGGACAGUACCACCAACAACAAAAAAACCAAAACGCAUGGGAUUGUUAAUGCCAUUUCGAACCAAGAAACCGCCACUACCCCCAACUACAACUGUUGUACCAUCUACAACAUCUACUACAACCACUCCUCUACCAUCUACAACAGCAUUACUAACAACGACCACAACUUCACAGAUUGUAACAAGCACAACAACUUCAGCUCCCAGUACCGCCAUAAACAUUGCAGAAACUACCCAAGUGCCAAAUGUGAACUUAACUCAACAGAAAGAUAUCUUUCAAAAUGCAUCUAAACCAACUACACACUUAGAUUUCCUAAUGCAAUUGUAUGCUCAAAAUCUAAAGCACGGAAUUGAAGACCCCGAAUUGUUGGCAGCAAUACAAAGAGAAAAGGGAAUGAAUGCUCAGCAACAAAGCACCGAAGCUAUUGCUCAGAAUAUUACUGGUGUGUCAUCAACUGAUACAUCUCUGCAAGGAAAACAGGAAUCCCUAGUUUCGUCUAAUUUGGUUGCAGAGGGACACUACACGCCAGUAAGUCCUGUAUUUAAUCAGCCCAUGCAUGAUCAUCAUCACCACUCACACAUGGAGGCGGUAGAUCCUUUUGCAUCAGCCGCAGCAGGAGGAUUAGCGCCCGCCGAUCCCAGUCAUCAUCACUUGCUUCACGAAACUCCAAAGUAUUUUCAAGAUGUCUUUGGACCAGGAAACUUUGAAGAACCACAGGGCAUUCCAGAUGUUGGAAAUAUCAAUGUCCCAAAGGUAAUCGAACAGAGGCUAAGAGCUUAUUUAACAACGAAAACACCAACGGUGAACAAUAUUUUGUACAAUGAACUUAUGGAUGAGCACAGUCAUGCACAGACGCCUACUGAACCCCCCAAAACAACUUUCGAGGCACUACUUCAAACUGAAUCUAUGAAGAGGAAUAUAAUUGAUGACAGUAAAAAUAUUUACAAAGCAUUGCAAAUUGCUUACAAUACAGGGGAAGAAGGUAAUUCACUUUCUGUACAAGACAUCCCUAAUAUCAAUAAUAAUUUACUUGGAGAUUCAUCUACAUUAGCAGGAGAAAGUGUGAAGGACCAAUAUGCCAUGAAAGAUCAAACCUCGAACGAUGCUACUGUAUUAAACAACGCAGGUAUUUAUAUUGUUCCUCCCGAUUCAAAAGGUGAUGUACCGCAAGAUUUCAUGGGCACCCCGCCGAGAUGGGAAAACACACCUCCAUCACCCCAAAAUAACGAACCAGUUUCCAUUUAUACGUCUGCUCCAAUACCAAAAGGGCAAAUCUAUACAAUGAAACCCUCAGACGCCAGCGCGUUCGUUCAGACGAUUGAAGAUCAGUUUUCAAAUCAGGAUAAACAUAUGACUUCUACCAAUAUAUUGGUUUCAGAGCAAACAUCAGACACAAAUUCCCUGGUUGAUUUUGCUACAUUGGGAAAACAAGUUAACGAUCCUGUACUUGACACACAGACAACUACAGCAAUGACUGAAUCACCACUUGGAAAUGAAAUGUUUGCAGACCAGAAAAUCUCUCCAAAUGCAAUUGAUAAUUAUGAAGUAACUGGUGAGUUGCCAACGACAGACAAUAAAAUAAGUCUUUCAAAGCAAACGACAUUGGCUUCUCCGUCGUUGCGAAAAGAAAAGCAGGCAGAAUCAAUAUCGACAACAACGAAACGAACCGUUUCCAUUCCUGCUGACAAAACUUUCGAGAGCAAAAGCACAGUUGUAUUUCAUGAAACAUCGAAGCAUACUGCAGUUGCAGAUGCUUCAAAAUAUUCGACAAGUGUUCCUCUAAACACUGUUCCACAGGACACGAGCUUGCAGAGUUUGCAAGGAAAGUCCACGAUCACUGAACUUUUCGGAGUAACAUCAAAGGGAGAUAAUUUGAGCGGAAGCGGAAAUACACCUUUCAUUCUCGCUCCAUACGUGACAGAAGCUCCAAGAAUCACUACAGAGGAAGCUGCCGAACCAAGUGUCCGUGCACUGCUUCCAGUUUUCUCAGAUAAUAAAAAGUCUGUCACAUCUCAGAAAACAACCAUACUUCCUGAGCAAAAAACAAUAGCACAGUUUAAGGUGACAAAUACAGAGCGAUUUGAUAUUAUACAAUCAACAACACCCAAGGCUAACACAAGACAACCCACCACAGAAAUAAACACAACACAUAAACUAGAACCGUUUAUUUAUGAAACAGAAAAUCCUGUUAACUACGAUGAAUCGUACAUGAUAACCACCGACACUCCAUUUUCUGAAUCAUUUCCUCCACGUCCUCCCAAAAUUCCAACUCUUUUGGAGAAUGUAAAAACAAAACCAGAUCAGCAAAACAAUGAUUUUGAUAAGAUGGAUUUAAAACAGAUUAACGUUGAAGUAUCACCCGUUGAUAUUGUAUCUCAAAAAACCUCACAAUCGUCUUUGGUGGAACAUAAAACAACUACCUCAUCCCCAAAGACUUUUACUACUUCUGCCACCACUCUCGGAUUCUUAGAAUUUCUCCGACUUGAAAUAAUGAAACGAAUGAAAGAAAGGAAGGCUAGUGAGCCAGGUAAGGAUUUUACGCCUUCGAUUUUCAAUAUGUCAUUUUCGCCACCUGCACCCCCGAGUUCAACAUUGACAACAACACAAGCACCAACAACAACCACAACUCCUCCACCGACAACUACAAUAAACAUGGCUUACAUAGAACUUUUCGAUCCGGAACGAUACAGAAAAUUAAUGGCCAAACUAUCAACCACCACUAAGAAACCAACAACAACAACUACAACAGAACCUAACAUCACAGUGUCUACGAAGUCUAGAUCUUCGACAACUUUAACAACAAAAACAACAACAGAACACCCCAAAACCACAGCUCCAACAACCACAUCGACAACCACACCUACAACCACAACUACAUCAACGACUGCAUCGACUACUACUACAACAGAACCAACUACAUUGUCCAUGGCUUACUUAGAACUAUUUGAUAGAACACUGUAUAAUAAACUUCGCCCGAAAACAACAACCACAACUUUAGCGCCAACAACACCUUCCACAACAACUACAACCUUAGCACCAACAACACCUUCCACAACAACUACAACCUUAGCGCCAACAACACCUUCCACAACAACUACAACUUUAGCGCCAACAAAACCGACUACAACAAGUACAACUUUCAAAACUACACCUAGUACUACGAAAACUACAAGAAAACCAGCUAUCAUAUCAAAAACGACAACAAGUAUUACCAGCAGCACUGCCAUACCAACAACAACAAUUCAGACUACGACAACAACUCAGACUAGCACUACUCCUACAACCAGCACAACUCCAGAACCAUCAUCAACAACACCAAAAACAACAACAACCACAACCCCGACUACAACCACAACCCCCACAACAACCACAACUCCGACAACAACCACAACCCCGACAACAACCACAACUCCGACAACCACAACUCCGACAACCACAACUCCGACAACAACCACAACUCCAACAACUACAACUACACCUAGCACAACAACUUUAUCAUUAGCUUACUUAGAGCUAUUUGAUCCUGAUUUAUAUAAACAGCUCCGACCAAAAACCAUAGAAGUUCCAACCCCAGAAACCACUACAACUGAACCUUUCACUAACCGUCCUCCAAUUCCGUCUGUAAGAAGCCAAUAUGAUAUAAGAAGAAUUAUUGCAAAUAGUGGUUCUGCCUUCCGUACAAGCAAUAGAGUACAGUUGAUUUCACACAGUGAAUUAAAAACGAAAUCGAUCUCUUCCGAAUCUACAACUGUUACAGCAUCUCAAUCAACAACAACAGAGGCAACAACAACAGAACCACCAACAACACCACAACCAACGACUACGACCCAAUCAAUGGCGAUCUUGGAAUUAUUCAAUCCUACAUUGUAUCAUAAACUACGACCUAAACCCAAAACAACGACAACCACAACUACUACCCCUCCGCCAACCACAACUACUGUGGUAUCCUCUACAGAACCCACAACUACAACAAAUCCAUCUACAUCAACAAAUGUUCCUACAACCACUACACCUACUACUACUACAACAGCAGCAACAACAACCUCAACGACAGAACCCACAACGACGACAGAGACUACAACAACCACUACCAUUCCAACAACUACCACAGCUAGUCUCGCUUUUCUAGAGUUGUUCAACCCUGAACUGUAUCAUAAGCUUCGUCCAACUACCACAACUCCGAAACCAACAACUACAACACCAACACCUACUACACCAACAACAACACCAACAACAACAUCAACUACAACUCCGACAACAACCACUACAUCAACAACAAUACCAACAACAACCACUACAUCAACAACAACACCGACAACAACAACCAUUAGAUCAACAACUACAUCAACAACACAUGCACCAACCACAAAAUCUACAGCAACAACCACAACACCGACAACUAAACCACCACCAAGAAUGAUGGAAACAAGUACCUCAGAAGCAAUGAACACAACUUCAGAACCAACAUCUAAUAAAGAACAGACAAUAGCGAUAAACGAAGCAAGUACAACACGAUCCUCAUCUAUAAAAUUAUCAACGUCCCAGAGGGUAAGGAAAACAAAAACUACAGCCAAAUCAUCGACAAAUAAACCAACAUCACUAAAGAAACCCACAGUAAAACCAGCAACAACACAAACAGUGCCUCAAACUACAACCAUCAAACAAACAACAAUGACACAAACACCACAUGCAGCACAAAAUAAAGUUGAGAAUGAGGAAGGUUUAAAAACAAUAACAACUAUAAGUGACACAACACAAGAUUCCCCGAGCAAUUCAACAAAGACAGUACAUACAACAGCAGAAACAACAGUAAAGUAUAAAACAACAGCACAAUCAACAUCACCACCUAAACCAACCCCCACAAAAAUAACAGCACAAUCAACAUCACAACCUAAACCUACCCCCACAAAAACAACAGCACAAUCAACAUCAUCUCUCAAACCAACCCCCACAAAAACAACAGCACAAUCAACAUCACAACCUAAACCAACCCCCACAAAAAUAACAGCACAAUCAACAUCAUCACUCAAACCAACCCCCACAAAAAUAACAGCACAAUCAAUAUCAUCACCCAAACCAACCCCCACCAAAACAUCGAUAGCAUCCACGACUAGCAAAGAAACACAACCUCGAGGAAAUAUUGAAGGAAGUUAUACAAGUCUUCAAAAUAGUGUGCAACAGGUAUCAAAGAAUGUGCAGAACGGACAAAACAUUAAAGAUAAAAUCCAUGUCAUUAGACCAGAUUCAUCUGAUUCUAGUUAUGGCUAUCGAAUUCUUCAAGAUGAUUCACAGAAGAGUCCUUUGGCUUAUAGGAAAAUGAGUCGUGAAGUAUCAAGCGGUACUGGUGGUGCUUCCUUUUUACACAACAUGAUAGAAAACAGUCUAAAUGAAAAAUCUGUUGACAUCAUUGAAGGAAAAGAUUCUACAAAUAACAUUGAAUCUCUUAUCGACAAUGCUAGGAAAUCUAAUGUUGACAUCCCUGGAUCCAUGGCCGAUCAACUCAAGAGUUUAUUUACAAAACAUGAUAAUAUUACCAUGGUUGCCAAUGAGGAAAUUCCAAACAAAUCCGAAACAUUGACAGUCUACAAAUUAAAUAGCAACGCCAAGGAAGCAUCCAACUCGUUAAACAGAAAUGAAACUGAGAUUUUGGAAAAGACUGUAGAAGUUACAAAAUCACCGGACUUUGAAAGUUUACCAACAACACCUCUACCUCUUAAGGUUACAACAACGUCACAGUCAGCAGACACUACAGAGAUGACACAUACUGUAAGUGCCUUUACAAGGGAGAUCAUUCCCACCACAAGAACCUAUACCAUAACAGCUCUGGAUGACACAAAUCGGUUAUCAAAUAGUGCUGCAACUAGCACAAAAACCGCCAAUAAUCUAAUCAAAAUUAAGAUAAACAAUCAAACAUACUACCUUGACUGGAACAAACUUCAAUCUCUUGGUCUGAUGUCUAAGAAUAGUAUACAACUUGACGUUGGAACUUCACGUCACACCUCUACGUUGUCACGAACUACACGAGACGUAAAGUCUAUGACAAAACCAGGCUUUUCUAUCACUCCACCAGUAACCGCGCCAACUACUACAUCCCCGCCAGUUACGUCAUCAACACAGGUCUUUAAAACAUCAAAAGCAUCAAUAUCAAAAAACAUUACUUUCGAAAGCAAUUUGAGCCACACAGGUACAAAACAGUCCAAGAGUAUCGAGGCAUCAACUACUGGUCCAAAUGUUUCACAAACGAAUGACCCAGAACAUAAUGUUUUAUUAUCGCUCUUAGACCUAGCUAAACAAAACAACAUAAAAAUUCCAGAUAGCUUAUCACGUGAGCUGAACUCUAUAUUUGACGAUAGUAGAAAGAAACGCACAGACAACCAAUCCAUGACUCUUCAAUCAAAUUCCACCAAACAGCCAAUGGUUUCGAAAACAACUCCAGAGAGAAAUGAUUCCAGUCAAAAUGUAGUCGAUGCAGAAGAUCUUCAGUCUAACAAACCAGGCAAACUUGUUGAACUGAAGGUUAAUUCAGAAACAUAUUUCAUUGACUGGGAUAAAUUUCAAGCUAUGGGUUUUAUUAAAAAACGAGAUUCCACGAAAACAGCCACAAGUGUGGAUACAGUCGGAACCGAAAAAGUAACAGAAAUUCCAAAGUCCACCAUAUCAGAGAAAAAUCUGAAAAUCAAAGGGAAAUAUGUGCCAAUCGUAACAACGAUUAGUGUGACUACUUCAGAAGACAUGCACUCGACACCACCACCCUAUUCAGUCACACCAAACACUGAAAAUACAGCAAAAACGUCAGUCCUGCCAUCAAAUGCUACACAAAUGUUAUCAGAAUUCCAACAUACUAAUAUGAACACUCCAAUGACAAAAGAUAAAGAUUUGAUUUCUGCCAUAGAUCUGAUAAAAAAUAAUCUUAAAUUGCUUGAGGAAAGAUUGUAUGGAUGGUCCAGCACCGAUACACAGGGACUGGCAGCGGAAAUUGGAGACACAAUGCGUCAAAAAAUCCAUCUUCGUUCCCCAUCUGCAGACCGAAUUGAUGAACCAAACAUAACAUUUCUCAAAGGAGAUAAAUUUCGAAGUGUUUCCCAUAUUAAUGGUGAAAAAAAUAACAAAAAUCCGGUUAUUACUCGAGAUCAUACCUCAGUCAAUCCUAAAGGAAACGAUGCAUUAUACAAGCUAUAUGCCAUAGAUCCACCAGUUUUGUCAGACAGCAUCACAAAUCGCCCAGUUUAUCGUUUGAAAGGCCGGACCAGUACAGUGCCAAUUCCGGAGGAACCAGGCAAUAUAUUUAAUGUCAAUUCUGAUGGCAGGUUCAGAUCCUUUUGGAAUACGGAGGAACGGUCAAUUUCACAGAGAAAUAGGAGAACUACUUUCGAACCUUACUCGUAUGUUUUCUCGGUGAAUCUACCAUCCUCUUUUGAAAGGCACACCCGACAACCAGGUUCAUAUUUAUUUCAAGCACACCCAUACCAAGAACAGAAACGUUACAAUGACAAUAAACCAACCGUAAUGGGCAUUGGUGAAUACAGACAAAGCAAGGAUAGCAUAAUGCCUAUUCAGUUAUUCCCUGGCAUAGAUUCGGGAUCAAAAAGUUAUAACUCUAUAGAAGAUAAACAAAGAGAUAGCCAAGGCGUUUCCCCUGGGAAAAUCAGGCAUAAUUCAUACAAAACAAAGGAGGAAAUGUUCUUCGCAGAUUCCUUCCCAGAUUCUCAGAGAGACCUUCAUUUAUCUGUUCAAGAUGUGUCAGGUAGAACAGGGUUGUUUUCUCAGAUGCACAAACAUAGAAAACAACUUAAUUACAAGGAUCGAGAAUCUGCAAUGCACAAGUCAAUACUGGAUACUACGGUGGAAACACCAAUUCCCCUGAUGUCGUUGAAAGCUAGUGAUGCAUUUGUGAAAACGACGAAAGUCCAUGCAAACCCAACUACAAUUUUAACCCAAAAAACAUAUGAUACCACAACUACGAGAAAACCAUCAACUUCAACAACCACAGUACCAAUUACAUCAACUGCUUCGCCAAGCACAACAACAGAACAACCUUCUACAACAACAAAAUCAGCUAUCACAACUCAAAUGUCAACUACUACUGAAGUGCUACAAACUACAACUAAAGCAACAGCUAUACCAGCAACAACUAGAUUUUCAACUACAAAAAUGACUGAAACGCCAACAACAACGACUGAAACGCCAACAACAACGACUGAAACGCCAACUACAACUACUGUAAAACCAACUCCAACUGAAAAACCAACCACGACAACUACAAUACCAACCACAACAACUGAAAAACCAACUACGACAACUACAAUACCAACCACAACAACUGAAAAACCAACUACGACAACUGAAAUACCAACUACAACAACUGCAAAACCAACUACAACUGAAAAACCAACAACUGAAAAACCAACGACAACUGAAAAAUCAACAACUGAAAAACUAACAACUACUGAAAAAACAACUACAACAACUGAAAUACCAACUACAACAACUGUAAAACCAACUACAACAACAGAAAAAAUAACUACAACAGAAAAACCAACUACAACAACUGUAAAACCAACUACAACUACAGAAAAAAUAACUACAACAGAAAAAACAACUACAACAACUGAAAUACAAACUACAACAACUGUAAAACCAACUACAACAACUGAAAAAACAACAACAACAACAACACCUGAAAAGCCAACAAUAACUGAAAAACCAACAACUGAAAUACCAACUUCAACAACUGAAAAACCAACUACAACUCAAAAACCAACAACUGAAAAACUAACGACAACUGUGAAACCAACUACAACAACUGAAAAACCAACUACAACAACAACUGAAAAACCAAUAACAACUGAAAUACCAACUACAACAACUGAAAAUCCAACAACAACUGAAAUAUCAACGACAACAACAACUGUAAAAUUAACUACUACAACAACUGAAAAACCAACAACAACAGAAAAAUUAACUACAACAACUGAAAAACCAACUAUAACAACAACUGAAAAACCAACAACAACUGAAAAACCAACUACAACAACUGAAAAACCCACAACAACAACAUCAACAACAACUGAAAAACCUACAACAACAACUGAAAUACCAAUUACAACACCUGAAAAACCAACAACAACUGAAAAUCCAACAACAACAACAGCUGUAAAAUUAACUACUACAACAACUGAAAAACCAACAACAAAAACUGAAAAACCAACAACAACUGAAAAACCAACAACAACAACUGAAAAACCUACAACAAUUGAAAAAAUUACCACAACUGAAAAAUUAACCACAACUGAAAUACCAACUACAACUGAAAAAUCAACAACAUUAACUGAAAAACAAACAACAACUGAAAUACCAAUUACAACAACUGUAACACAAACCACAACAACUGAAAAACAAACAACAUUAACUGAAAAACAAACAACUGAAAAACCAACCACAACAACUGAAAAACCAACUACAAUAACUGAAAAAACAACUACUGAAAAACAAACUACAACAACUGAAAAACCAACAAUUGAAAAAGCAACCACAACUGAAAUACCAACUACAACUAAAAAACCAACAACAAGUAAAAUGUCAACUACAACCACUGAAAAAUCAACAACUGAGAAGGCAACCACAACCACUGAAAAACCAACGACAACUGAAAUACCGACGACUACAACUGAACUACCAACUACAACGACUAAGGUACCUCGACAGCCAAUGACACGAAUUAGAAUGCUUGAUGAAAAUACUGAUAGCAAAACAAUGGCAACUAGAAAACCCACUACAAACACUGAAAUACCAGUCACAAAAACUACGGCAAAACCUGUGGAUGCAGAUUCCAUUGAUUUAAUGACAAAGCAAUACGUCGAAAAUCUCAUCAAAGAAUUGACAGCAAAUUUAAGAAAAUCUAUGAUUGACGUUCCAUCGGAAGAUUUUCUUGUAAACGUUGUUAUGAACAGAAUGAAGGCAAAACAUUCAAACAAUGUUUCCGUUAAACAGACACCUGAUGAUCAAUCAAUGAAGAGUCAAGAAUUUUCAACAAAGUACAGUACAUUUCACACUACACAAUUGGCCCAAACUCAGACUUCACCAAAUAAUUACCAGGCCCCUGAAAAUGCGAAAGUGAUUACAAAGGAAAACUUACCAACAGAACGAAAACAGUUUAAAAGCAGAGCUUUAUCCGAUAUCAAGGAAGAAGUAAACUCUCGAGAUUUAACAACACAUUCCUUGUCGUACCAAACAACCGCUAUCUUCUCUCCAAUAUUUUCACAUAAAACUACUCCAUCAAUCCAAGUGAAACCACGUAUGGAAAAAACUACUCCCAUUCGACGAACCAGGUCAACACAUGUACCUCAACCAGAUGAGUAUGGAAUAUUACCAUCCUCUUUCUACGAAACGGCAACGGAAGAGUUUAGUCGUGUUGACGGAAUGUCAUUGACGUCAACUUUGGAAAGCAAUCUUGCCAGCAAAGUACCUCUAACUGCAAAUGCAAAAACACAACCACUUGAAUCAACCUUGAAAGGAAAUGAAGCAGAGUGGAAACACACACAGACCAUGCCUGAAGUACAGCAGUAUGAAUCGGUGUCAACCAGAAGUGCAUCUAGAACGAAAAUUGUUUCACCAAUUGGUAGAAGCAGUUUAACACAAAACGAAACACGUUCAGAUCCGUACCUGGUAGCUCCCGACAAUGUUGAAGACAUCGCUGAUCGCUCAUCUUCCAAACAUUCACCAGAUUCUCUACGUGUGAAUAUCAUUUCGGUUGACGCUGAAAUUCCAUCACAUUAUUCAUCAGACUUACAAUCCACGUCCGCCGUUGAUCCGCCAACUACUGACGCGAAAUCAAAACUGCAACUUUCAACAGUACAAGAGAAGCUACAAAAUAAAUAUGAUACUGCUAUAAUAGGUUCACAAUCCACAACCCAACAUCAAACCCGUGAAGUUCCUGAGUAUUCAGUGUCACUGGAUGCCAUGAUGACAACGCCAGAUGGAAUAAUUGAUAUUCUGAAGUCUUCCCCUACUUCUAUAAAAUUAGAACCUUUCGAAUUGCCCACUAAAUCUUUGAAAGGCCAGAUAACCUCUUCUGAGCCAAGUCGUGAAAUGUUUGAUAUAGUAUCUACAAAAUCUGAUAAAACAAUUGAAUUAUCGAGUCAUUCGUCUUUGGAUACAAAAACUACCUUUAACCCUACUUCUAACAUACAAGGGAAAUCUGCCUAUGAUAAUACAGAUUCUUCUUUAACUCACGGUUUACCUAGUCCAACAGAGUUCCAUAAAACCUCAAUGAAAUUGGAUCCGACCACACAAACAAUGAUGCUUGAUAAGCAUGUAAUGACAGGUCACACAGUUCAAACAACAGAACAAGCAGUCGAAAGUCAUCCAACAAGCCAAACUGCAGCAGGAAAGUCAACAUCAUUCAUAAUGGAUGACAAGUCUCGAACAACAGCUACAAAGACAGCUGAUGACACAUCAAAUACAAUUGCAAUACACAGCACAUCUCAGUCAAUGCCUACCAAAGCGGAGUAUACAGCAGAACAGAUAGAAAAUACAAGUAGUUUUCAUACACAACACACAGUUGCUGGUGAGAAAACAGAAAAACCGAGCAGUACAUACAGUGGACAAUUAUAUGAAACUGAUGCGAAGACAGUGGGAACUAAAGUGGAUACUAAAAUGAAUACGACUCCUGUAAAAACAACUAAAUUUCCAUCUGGGACUAUAGGCAAAAUAACGAAAAAUGCAAAUCAAGUGGUUUCCACAAGUGAAAGUAGUAUUCAACAUAGUGUAGAAACUACAAGACAGCCCAUUGCUGGCAUAAUCACUGCAGCUGAUAAAACAUUGUCGACUCCUUUGGAGACAACUGCAGAAGAGACCUUCCAAACUUUUACUUAUAAAACAGGUCAACCUACAGAUAAUGUACAUAAUCAAUUUAUGACAAAUAUUCACGGUAGUGUUGAAAAAACUCCAACCAACAGCAAAUUGAGUACAAGGCAUAAAUCAACAGUGGGUCAGACUGCCGAGCAAUCAAUUGCUCAAACAGUGGCUGAGGUUGCAAAUGGCGCUACUACACCUAAGCAAAUUUUAUCGACUAGCAUGUUAUCUACAACUCAGUACAAACAAGGUUCGGACGAGACUGCCAUAUCGAACAUCUCAUCUUCCACCACGAACAAAAUAAAGACUCAAGCAAACACAACAACGUUAGCACCAAAGCCAUCUAAAUCAAUAAAUGACAAAUCUGGAAAUGGUGCAAAUAUCGUCGAAAAACGGACCAAUCUUGUAAAUAUGACGAGGCUUGCAUCAACAAAUAUCUCAGCACUAAAUGAACCUACAGCGUCUGAAUUUUUCUAUGAACAUCCCGAGUCUAUUGCAAAUCGAAUAUAUGACAAAACUGACUCAACAAAAAAUAAUGACAUCGGGAUAAACUUUUCGAAAGAUGUUGAUCCAUACAAGUCUAUGCACACCUCAAAGACUGAAGACCUGCUAACAGAUCCGCCUGAACCUACUCAACCUUGGGCUUAUUUAGAAUUGUUUAACAGGCAAUUAUUCCAAAAAAUACUAGAAAGACAGAAAAGUACUAAAACUCCGAAAACAUUGCCAAGCGAUGAAACACCGAAAUUAGUGUAUCUAUAUACUACAGAAAUGCCUUCCCUCUCAACCUCAUCCACGGCGCCAACAACAUCAACACCACCUACGACUACACCAACAACACCAUCAACUACACCAGACAUGGCUUUCCUUGAGAUAUUUGCUCCUGAUCAAUACAAAGAAAUUAUGGCAAAAUGGAGAACGACAGAAACACCGGCACCAACCACUACUACGACAACUACCACCACCACAACACCUAAACCGACAACUACCACUACCACAACAACACCUAAACCGACAACUACCACAACCACAACACCUAAACCGACAACUACCACCACCACCACACCUAAACCGACAACUACCACCACCACAACACCUAAACCAACAACUACCACUACCACAACAACACCUAAACCGACAACUAUCACCACCACACCUAAACCAACAACUACCGUGAUACCUAAAUCAACAACAACUACGACAACAACACGUAAACCGACAUCCAUACUAACAUCUACAGUCGAAGUGACAUCCAAUACACCGGUCACGAAAACAAAGAGUAAUACGCCAAUAUCAAAAGAUAAUUUUACCACAAUAUUGAAGCAUUCUACAACUGGACAGACCGACAUUACCAUGACAGCCAAAAAUAUACAGGAAAAAUUAGCACAGAAAUUAAAGUCCCUUUACCCAACUUCUGCGGGGAAGAUAGAAAAAUCUGAAAAUACUCCGGACCAACAACUAGGGAAAGAAAUAACAAUCUCACAAAGUAUUCCAUUAAGUACGAGACAAUUCACCAGUACAACAAACACAGGUAGUGUUAACAAGUCUCCAACAACCAUGGACAAAACAGUAUACAAAGAAAUAAAGGAUUUGAUUAAAGAAUUUAGUAAGAUAGCACAGAGGUAUGAAACAACAAUUAAAAAUCUAGCUACUGGAGAAUUGACAACACCAGAGAAACAAGCAGUCGCAGAUAUCACGUAUACCACACCAUUUGCAGCUUCUAAAGUAUCAACAGAGGUAACACAAGAAGCUCGAUCGUCUCCUUCUCAAGAAUCAUCACUCGAAUCUGAAAAACAAUUAUCCAAGAUGGCAGCAAGGAAAGAAGUAAAUAGAGUGAAAUCAUUAGAUAAAAAGAGAAUUGCGAAUAUCAAUGCACAAGAAAAAAUGUCUCCUACAGAACAUGAAGAUUCACCUGUUACAAUCACAUCAACAAAAGUAUAUACAACAGCAAAACCGUUGUCUACACCUACAACGACAAAACAACCGACUACAACAAAACAAACUACAACUUCAACCGAACCUUCGACAACAAGUGAGGUAACAACAACUGAACCUACAACACCAGCACCUACAACAACACCAGCACCCACAACUACCACCGAACCCACAACUACCACCGAACCUACAACUACUACCACAACAACACCAGCACCUACAACAACAACAACUCUAGCGACAACGACAACUCCUAGUCGUGCAUACAUGGAACUUUUCUUCCCAGAGCUCUACAAAGAAAUGUUCCCUGAUACUACUACUACUACAACUACUACUACCACACCUGAACCUACAACUACAACUGUGCCGACAACAACGACUACUACAGUUGCGCCUACUACCACUACUACUAGGGCCACCACCACCACUAGGGCCACCACCACCACUACUACUACUGAGCCCACCACUACAACUACAAUGACAACCACUACUGAACCUACAACUACGACAACAACUCCAACCACUACAACCACGCCAACUACCACAACCACAAUUCCUACGACAACAACUCAGCCGUUAGCCAUAAUGGAGCUCUUUAAUUACAACGAAUUUAAACGAAUAAUGCUAAGAAGACGAAGUACGACGACGACAACCACUACUACUACCACAACAACUACUACUCCAAAGCCGACCACAACUACCAUUCCAGUUACAACAAAAGGGAGCACUAUUCAGUCACCAUCACAAUUGAAUAGUGAUACUCUUCGGAUUAUUAACCAGGUUGAUCCCAAUUUAAGGGCCGGACCAGCUAAUAUUCAAUAUUUGGUGGGAUUGCCAAAACCUAACUACAACGUGCAGCCAAUGCCAAAAUACGAGCAUACAGGAAAAGCUGAUGUUGCAACUCCGUCAUCAAAGGUAACAGGCGAUCUUGUACAUGAUACAACAGAGAAAGGCUAUCCUUUCGAAGAUGUUUCCUCAACAAUAAUGCAGAACGAAGUUCCUGAUACAACCUAUGAGGUUACAAUGAAAACAACUAAAGAGCCCAUGAUGACCGUGGAACCAUCGCGGAAGUCGGAAUCAGAUGCAGAUCGAAUUAUACGAUUGAGACAGAGAUUUGAAAGUGGAGAAAUUGAUGCAAAAACAUUCCUUGAUAUGAUUUUAUACAAUCGUCCAAUGACUGAGAAACCAACUUUAAAACCCACACAGUCUCCGACGUUGGAGAUAUCUCUCGCUUCCGAAAUGCCUAUGGAAAACCAGUGGGUAACUUCGAACACAAUAAAUGAUGUAAGAUCGACAUCCAAACCUACAGUUAUGACUAAAAAACAACCACAAGUUAUUUACACCACAAGCAGGCCAUCAAACCCUGUCGUAUUUAGUGCCAAAACUACACCCGAAAAAUCAACUUCGAAACAAUAUACUACGGCAUUAAGAUUUUCAGAAGGAAUUUCUAAAAAUAUCAUGCAAAUUGAUCGCUCUGUAAAUGAUGGACCACCUGAAUCCCCCGCUCCUUUAAGUGAUCCUGGGAACAAUGCUGUAUCUAGAGCCAGUAAACCACAGGAACCUGUCACCAGUACUAUUGAUGGUUUUCUGGGGCUAGAACGUGGUGCAUCGGAAAAUUAUGUUGGAAACAUUGUAAAUCCGCAAGAAAUACCACAACCAUCAAAUGAGACGCCAAACGACAUAACAGGUAUGCAGAUAGAUCCUACUACAACAACAACAAGGAAAGCAUUCAAUCUGCUGAGCUCUGGAGGAGCUUCCUUGGACGUCUUACAGUAUCAUGAAAGACAAGCCAGUAAAUCCGGGGUACCCUCCGGAUUAGGUCAACCAGCUGACAGGGACUUAUUUAAUCAGCAAAUAACAGGAAUACCGAUAGAUCAGAGAGGCGCGUUCAGCGGACUGAGAUUUGGACGACUCAGUGCUCAAAUGGCACCUGUAUUUGCUGACUCUAGGGGACGAAAUAUGCAGACAAUGAGUCCUAAUCGUUAUCGGAAUUUCGACUUGGUGAAUGGUAAAUCUGUCAAAAGAGGAGAACCUAUAGUUCUUGAAACAACAACAGAAAAUUGGAUGCCGCAGACAAAGGUACAAGGCAGUCUCUCACAGAUGGGUAAUGCAAUGAUGGAGCCCAAGAACGUGAAAAAAUUUAAUUCCGCGGCAUUUGGUUUAACUCCGCACAAGAGUUUCCAACAGAAGUUUGGUUUGAGUAACUCAGUUGGAAAGCCUUCCAUAGAUUUCACAGGUGGAAGUUCAAGCUUAGGAAAUCUAGGAAAUGUCGUAGCUUCGGGCUCGAUAUCGUCAUUUCAAAAUAGACGAAUACCUGCGGUGCAACAAAGAAAUGAAGGAAAUGGACAGGUUGUGUGGGAUUCACAAGCAGGACAAUGGUCAAGUACAAAUAGACUUAGUCCUGCUCAGAUGCUAAAGGGGAAUAGAUUUAAUCCCAGAGCGUCACCACAGAGACAGGCUGACCGUGUCGUGAAUCAAGCGCAAAGAAACCCAGUUCCUGGUGAGAACGUACAAAUGAACUGGUAUGAGUUUGGUUCAGCGGGACAGAACCAAGGAUCCGGUCGGCUUUCUGGUGGUUUUAAUCAAAGACCAGUACCUCCAUCAUAUCAACCACAAGUACGAGAAUCAAUUCAGAGUCCCAAUCAAGCAACGAAGACCCGAUCUCUAGGCAGCCUAUCCAACCCGUUCGGCGGUGGAUUGGAGUCUGGCGUACUGGUGUCUGCUAGUGGGCAAAAUAUGGAAAUAAACCUCGCACAAGGUUUAAAGAAAAAUAAAGAUUCCGACAAAAGCGUGAUCACACAUUCCCUUGGAUCUCACUUUGCAUUUUCACCCGAAAAUCAAAGUCCUAGUGAUAUUCUGAUGCCUUCGUCACAGAUGCUUUCACCGAGUAAAUUAUCCAACGGAAACUUCAGAACAUUUAAUCAAGAUCAAAGCCGCAGGGAAAGACAACGAAAAAGUCAACCUCGAUCCAACGGCAUACUUAUUUCCGGAUCACAAAAUGGGUUUGGUAGAUUCAACAGAGGUUUCACACGCCCCCCUCACACCACUACCAUCCCCCCUCCUCCUCCGCCUGAAUUCGGACGUGAUAUUUCCUUCUCUUCUGGUGGGUCAUUAUCAAAUGUACCCAACUCCCCGUCACAAGAGCGAUCUUUAGUACCAUCGGGAGGAAUGAUGGUAGAACCUUCUUCAAAUGUGUGUCGGAACAGAGAAGUGCUACGUUGUGAGGGUAGAGGGUUUCACAGACAAUACCCUGGUAUUAAUGAGGAGUGUGCCAGAAAGUGUUCAAGCGGACAUUGCCCUGUCAAGCGAUGCUACUGCGAGUGUAGGCACACGUUGACCGGGUCAAGGAGACCACUUAGGACUUCUAAUUCAUUUAACACGAUGGUCCAGGGCAGGAACGUGUGAACAUGGAUGUCCUAAAACAUGGUAUUGGGACCAAUGGGAAUAAAUGUAUCUGUGCCAUACUUUUAAGAUGUUCAAUAAGUGAAUUGGCAUUGUCUUGGGAACAUGCUUUGAACUUUUUAUGUUACAUAAUGGAUAUCGUCAAGUAUUUCUGUACAGUUUGAUCUUAAUCAAUUUCAAAGAACAUUAAGCACAUUAUGAUAAUUGUCGUGAAUAAGUCGUAAGAUGAAAAGGAAAGCAUGUUAUUAAUGCAUAUGGAUGCGAUCUUUUAUUUGACAGUUUAGAAAAACUACAUGUAAGUUAAGUUUCCUUGUUGAAUGUUUUAAGUUAUUCAAAGCUUGAUGAAAUGUAAAUGAUGCUGUAUGAAACAAAUGCGACAUCAAUUUUUGGAGGUUGUGUGAAAUACGAUGAAAUCUGUCUGACACCAAAAUUAAUUAAAGCUGCCUUCCUCGCUUUAAUUAGUCCAGAAACAUAAUUAAAGAUUCUCGUUACUCUCAAAUUUAGAGAUCUGAAGUUAUUAUUGUUGAUCGUGUUGAUAAAAUUGCCAAUCCGACGAAGGACAUUUUUAAAGAUAUUUGAAGUGCCUUAUCUUCUUGGGUUUUUUAAAAAUUAAAAUGAAUGUUAAUGCCUUACAUUGCAGACAUUAAAUCUGCUUGGAUUUAUAACACUUUGUGUUUCUGUCUAAAUCGUGAUUCUGUUGUCAGAUUGUUGAGGGGCAUGUGUGACAAUAUAAACGAGCAUGUCAUCCUGCAAUAAAUCCUGACUUUCGAAAUUCAAGACUUUUGAGUACAUAUCGUUGUAGAAUUUAUCGAUUCGUAGAGUACAUUCUGUGUGCUAUGUCAUUCUUUACUUCAUCGUCAUGUUGUUAAUGUUACAAUGUAGAUGCAUGUAAUUUUGUUAUUUUGUUGAUCUUUAGGUCAUGUGAGGAGGGCGUUGAUUCAUUCCUUACACCUAUUUAUAAUACUGUGGUACUGUUUUAAUUAAUAAAACCAUGUUAAUAAAAAAGUCUUCUAUC